AAGCGAUUCCCUAAGGUAAUUAGCUUGAAUAAUACUUAUAAUACUAAUCGCUUUAAGCUCCUUUAUUUUUAUAACACUACGUUUAGCCUAAUUAAUAAUAAGAAACUAGAGGGUUUUUAA